UUUCAACUCUCGAUUCAAAUAAGAAACGACCGUUUGACUUGACUGUUUCCAGACUACAGUGAACUUUAAGUUAUCACAUUGUAUUUGUAAGUUUAACUGGGUAUUUGUGGUACAAUCUGCUGAAAUUUUAUCUAAAAAACUUCACGAAACAUUGAGACUGUGUUUUUAUGUGGACAAUUCAAUAGUGAUGACUUCAUUUGACGAUUUGGAUGCUCCCCAAUUCUCGACAUUUGAAGACUUUGAACAAGAAAAUGCAGAGCAAUAUUUCGAGAUUGAUCACGAAAGUGAAAGAAUGAAAACAAUGGAAGAUAAUGAACCCAUGGAUACAUCUGUGGAGGAAUGUUUUUAUUCACCUUUAUGUAGGAACACGAAUUCAUCGGAGGAAACAUCUUCAACAAAUAUUUUAGAGCUGAGAAGUAGAAAAGUAAAACGAUCUUUGAGCUCAGGCAAUAUUGAAAUUCCAGUUGAAAAUUUGGCUAACCUACGUUUGGAGGAAGAGAAACCAAAAGUGAAAGAUGAUUUUGAAUAUGGUAAAUUAAGGAAGGGAAAUACAGCAAGUCAAUCUAAAUUAAAAUUUUGUUCGCAAGAGAGUUUGAAUCGUCUGGCGGCUCCAAAAAAAAUGUAUUCUUCUAAUGGAAACCUUGCUCACGGAUCACAAGAAUAUGUGAGUGUAGCUGAGGCUGUCAGAAAGUUUCAUGAAAAAACUCCUAAUCGAUAUCAUUCUCAAAAUAAGAAUAGUUCAGCUCCUAAAAAUGUUAUGCCGGUUAAAUUGAAAGCUACGAUACCAAUAUCACCCCGAUUAUUAACAAAGAAGAGGGUCAAAAUGAAUGAACACGUCAUGUCUCAUGAGGAAAAAUUACAGAAAGAAUUUCAGGAACAACAGAAGUUCAAGAUUAAAGCUCAUCCAGUUAAUAAAAGAAUUCUUCAACCUAUGAAAGCUCUACCUAAAGAAAAGAAACAACCUACAGUAGUUGAACCAUUCAAAUUGACAGAAGUUGAACAUAAAAAGAUUUCAUCUCCAAAAAAAGCCGAGUAUCAUUUUCAUGCAAGACCAAUACCAAAAUCAGUAAUUGAACCACCAAAAUUACCAAAAAAACAAGAAAUAAAGGUAACGCAACCUGUUACACCAUCGUUCAUAAAAAAAAUUCCAAAAGCAUCUCCUGUCAAGAAGAAUACCGAUAAACCAAACACAGUCACACUUAAGACUACAAGACCUGAACCAUUCAGUUUCGAGAAACGUGAUAUGAAAUUGAUGAAGAAAAGGGAGGAGUUGGUCAAAAAAACACUUGAGGAGGAAAAGCAGGCCCGUCAAUUCCAUGCCAGACCAAUCCCAAAACCUAUCAUAUCUAUGAUUACCAAAAUAAAGCAAAAAUCUCAUAACGGCAGUGCUUCUUCGUUGAAUCAGGGUGAUAACGUUAAGGCUGAGCAUGAGGAUCAUUUCAAGGCCAGACCGCCAACUGUUCUCUAUCAGAAACCAUUUGAACCGAAGAAAUUAGAACAUCCAUUAACAGAAAUACAACCAUUCAAUUUCAACAGCGAUGUUCGUGCAAUGGAAAGACACAAGUUUGAACAGAAGAAAAGAGAACAGGAGGAAUUAGCUGCAAGGCUGAUCAAGGAAGAUGAAGAAGAGAAAUUGAGACAAGAGGAGGAGGAAAGACGAAGAAUACGAGAAGAGACGAAAUUCAAAGCUCAGCCAGUCCAUAAAUUCAAAGGGGUUAUUUUGAAACCUUCCGGCAAAGUGACAGAACCAAUCAGUCCCGUAUUCUUAUCCGGUAAAAGUAGAAAAAAUAAGGAAAACGAGCAACAUUGAGAUUUAUUUUCUUUAAAGAUAAUCUAUUAAUAUUAAUUUUAUCUAUUAUGUAUGUAUAAUAUAGCUUUCUUUAUAUCUUUUGAUGACUGUUUUGUUUCAAAUAUGAACAAUGGAAUUUGUGAUGGUUUCAGAAUAAAAUUUACCAUAUAUUUUUA